AUGAACUCAUUGAAACAAGAUGAUAUAUAUUGGUCUAUAGAUGUGGUAAGUCCAUUAAAAAUCAGGUUUUGAGCAAUAAUUUGAGAAAUUUUAGAUUCACGACAAGAAUACAUCGCCAAAAAACAAAAAAAAUGCGCUUCUGAUAGUCCUGGAAUUGUUGCAAGAAGCAACACAAUCAGAGAUCCAACAUGGAAAAUGGCAGCAAAUAAUUGAAGAUGUUUGCGCGCCAGUCUUCAUUCGACCCGAAAGACAAGAUUUGAGGAGUAUUUCAUCGAAAAUUAUUGUGCUAAUUGGAACAGUUUUAUUCAAGAAAAGCGAAUUUGAGCAAUUUCAUCAACUAAUUUCUCAAAUAUUUUCGAAUAUUUUGAGAAAAUACGAGGAUUCUCGAGCAGAAUUACUAUUCAUAUUUUCGCAUAUAAUUGGAGAAACAAGUUCGCAUAAUAGUGAUAUUUUAUGCGAAAAACAUGUUGAAUUAAUUCUACAAUGGAUUCUUGAUAUAAUUCCAUCUGCAAACUCUGUUGUUUAUACAAAUUGCGUCAAAACAAUUAUAUUUAUCUCAACUGUUUACACAAAUAUCUUUGAAUCGAAAUUUGAGGAGAUUAUGGAUAUAUUAUGCUGUGAAGCUGCGAAAAAUCUUGAUUCCUCUAAGAAUUUUGAUUUUUUCCUUGAGAAUUUUGAAAAUUUUCAAGGGUUUUUUAAGGAUAAACCUGAAAUUGCGGAAAAUUUGGCUUCGAAAUUAAUAUCCCAAAAAGAUGGAGAUAUCAAAAGAAGAAUGAUGAUUGUGUUGAUUUUGAUGAAGAUUUCUCAAAGUCGCAAAACAAUGUUAGAAAUCAAUCAAGCAAUUUCCCAAAGUUCUAUGAAAUCUUCAUCAAAUCUCUCCGCAUUUUCGCCGAUUUUUCAAGAACUCUUCAUUUUUUGCAAAGAUUCUGAAGAUAUCGAGGAAAUUGAGAAGAAUAUCGAAUUAAUUCUAGCCGAACCGCAGCUUGCCGAUGAGGAUUUUAUUGAUUUUCUUGCUAAAAUUGUGCCACAUCUUCCGGUUCAAUCGCCGAUUAAAAAUCGAAUUAUUGAUUUGGUUUUUGAUGAGAAUCAGGGAUUUUUUUGCACGGCGAAUUGUGAUAUGUUACUUGCUGGGUAGGUUUGGAAAAUUGAAGCUAUGAGCCAAGCUAUGGAGCUCCAGAGUCUGAAGAUUCUCAUUAAAAUCAAAUAAUUCCAGAUUUUCUUCAAAAUUCCGGCCAAAAACUUUAUAUCACAAGGGAAUUACAUCAGAGUGACAACGUCUUUUGAGAAACAAGAAAUACAGUUUUAUUGAGCUCGACGCGCUGAUCACAGUGCUCUAAAAAUUAGCUAUAGAGCUCCUGGUGGAGCCGAGAAAAUGAGCCACAAAAAUGGUUCUACUAAAAUUUUUAUGGCUCUUUUUCUCGGUUCCAUCUGGAGCUCUGCAGCUAAUUUUUAGAGCAUUGUGAUCAGCGUAUCGAGUUCUAUAAGACUAUUUUCCCGGUUUUCCAGAAGUUCUUAUUACUCUGAUGAAAUUCCCUUGUAAAAUACAAGUUUUUGGCUGAAAUUUUGAAGAAAAUCUGGAAAUACUUGAUUUUCUAAGGAAGAAUUGAGUUAGAUUUCUAGGUUUUAUUUCGAAAAUGAUUAAUAAUUACGAUUUUCAGACGUCAUCAAUUAUACAAACAAAUCUCGGAACUUAUUUCAUGUCUUCUCACACCAAAAUCACUCGCUUAUUUGCAGGCAACAUUUUCAGCAGUUCGACGCAUUGUUUUGGGUGAGAUUUUUUUUUGAAACAUGUAGAGGAGAGUUAGCAUUUUUAAACAAAUCGAAAUCGCUUUGUUGAAAUUUUGAAACAGUGAAAAAAUGUGAGAAUGAAAAAUUCACUGUUUCAAGGUUAAUUUAUUGUAAAAAUUGAGAUUUUUGGUUCGUUUUACAAGGUAAAUUUUUCAAUGAAAACAAUCGAAAAAAACUAAAUAUUCAAUUUUUGUGAAUGAGUCCUCAUUGAAAACUUGAAACAGUGAAAAAAUCUGGAUAUUUCUACAUCGAAAAUAUAAUUUUUCAAUAAAUUCAAAAUUUCCACUGUUUCAAAAUAAUUUUAUGAAAUCGAAUAACAAAAAAAAACAGCGAAAAGAAAAUCUAAAUUCUCGGAGCCGAGAUAAAAGUUGGGAAAAAAUAGUCGAUAUCUAUCUUUUUCUGAGACAAAAAUGUAGUUGUAAUAAGUACAAUUUCCUGAAUUUUUCUUACUCCAGGCAGGUUUUAAAGAUCUUGAAAACGUCUUCAGAAGUUCAAAGAAUUAUCUGUAGAAUCGAGGAAAAAGAUGGUUUCGAGAAAAAAUUCUGGAUCCAAGAGAAAUCAAAUUUUUUAAAAUAAUUUUUGCUGUUUCAAAAUUUUGAUAGAAAAAAGUUACAAAUAUCAUUUUUGAUGAUUAUGCUGACCGCUGUUUUUGAAGAAAAAACUUCUCAUUUUUUAUAAUCAAGUAGAAAAUCUAAUGAAAAUUUCUGAAAAUUACUCAAAUUUUCACUGUUUCAAAAUUUUCAUUGAAAAAUUUUUUUCAUUCAUGAAACAUCAUCCAUAAAAAUUUUUUUUAAUUAAAUUAAAAAUUUUUGCUGUUUCAAAAUUUUGAUAGAAAAGUUCUUGAAAACCUCAUUUGAUUAAGUUUGGUUCCCAUUAAAGGUGGAGUCCGAGCAAAAAUUAAGUUGUGCUCAAUUGAAAGAGCAUGUUCUAAUUAGUACAAUCCUCGAAGGAUUUUUUCUGGAAGCUUCUCAAACAUUGGUUAAAAAAUUACAAAGUUCGAAAAAACAGUGAAACACCGUGUAAAAUGGCUUGAAACUCCAUAUCUCCAACCGUUUGGAGCUGUGUUUCUCUAAUGUUAGAGAAGCUUUCAGAAAAAAAUCCUUCGAGGAUUGUACUAAUUGCAACAUGCUCUUUCAAAUUAGCACAACUUAUUUUUUGCUCGGACUCCACCUUUAAAUCUCAAAACCCUUAGGAAAUUUUUACUGUUUCAAAAAUUUUAUUUACGAGUUUCUUCAAUAAGCUCCUAUGAUUGUUCAUUAGCUAUUGCGACCCGCAAAAAUCCUCAAUUAUCUAUAGGCUCAAAAAUAUCAUUUUCGACCAAAAAUUAUGAUUCUAAAAAUUCACGGCAACCUGAUUCAGUAUUUUUCAUUAUUUCUGAUUCAGGCGUUCUCUAGUUAUUGAUUUUUAUAUCCCAAAUUUUUGCUGUUUCAAAAUUUUGAUAGAAAAAUUCUUAAAAACCUUAUUUGAUUAAGUUUGGUUCCCAUUAAAUCUCAAAACCCUUAUGAAAUUUAUACUGUUUCAGAAAUUUUAUUUUCGAGUUUCUCCAAAAAGCCCCUUAUGAUUUUUCUUGAUGAUUCCAUAGAUUUCAAAUACAUAUAUUUUUCCAGAAAACAUCGAGCAACUUCGAAAUGCCACCAAUAUUCCAUCAGAAAUCAGUCGUUGGCACGAAUCCAAUCUAAUUCUCCUUUUAUCAUCUCUCAAUUCAAUAUCAUGUGCAAAAAGUUCAUUAAUUGUUAUGAUGGGAAUUAAACCGUCGAUUUUCGAGUUUUUAAUCAAAGAAUUGCCUCUGACUGAAUAUUGGUUGAUUGAAAAACAUCCGGCGGUUUAUCAUAUGAUUUUGCAUAUUUUGGUACAACAUUUGAAAUCGUGAGUUUUUUUUUUCUGAGGGGAAAAUGAGUUUAAAAACCAUUUUUCAAAUGUUCACGUGGAUUUUUGCAGCCAUGAAUAUUAUUUGGCUCAAUCCGAAUAUGUUCAACAAGGUGAUUCAGUUGGUCAAACAAAACGAGAAUAUGCCAAAAUCCAAUUGAAAACUAUGGAAAAAAUCCUGCGAUUUGACGCUGAAAAUAUGCCGAGAAAAAUACGAAUUCUGAUAAUCUCGUGGAUUUCGGCUUUUGUUUCGAUGGCUGUUGAAAUGAAUUUUGGAGAAGAUGUUUAUCGAAAAAAUGAGGAAUGGAAAGAGUUGAAAUCGACUAUGUGUUUUCAAAGUGGUUUGACGUGGAAUUCGGAAGGGUGAGACUUUUUUGGGGUGAUAUUUGAGAAUUUUUGGCGCCGAAAAUCCACGUGGAAAUUCAGUAGUUUAAAAAAAGUUAGAUUUUCAACCGCAAUUUGGAACAAAUUUUUCGAAAUUCAAAUCAUCUAACAAAUUCUAUUUUUGAAACAGUAAAUUUUUCUGUUUGAUCAAAAAAUUGAAUUUUUCAAAUUGCGAAAUCAAAAUCUAUUGCUCAUGUUAAUUAUUCUUUGCAGAAUCACAUCGAUUUUAUCGAAAUUGUCAACUAUAAUGCCAUGGUCGGAAAAUGAUGAAGAUAAAGAGAAUCGAAUAAUGGAAAAGACGAAAAAAGCGAGUUGGAAAGAUGCGGGAAUUAUUUGGGAAGCGGGAGAUUCGAGAACUUAUAUCAGGUUGGAUUUGGGUUUUUUUUGGUGGGGAAUUGACCUGUGAGCCGAGUUUCAGAGCUCUGAAAAGGAUAGUAAAACUUCAAGAAAAUUCAAGAAAAACAUUUGAAUAAAUUUAGCGCCGCCUGAUCAAGCAUCGAAAAACAUCUAGUUUUUCAUUUUAUUUCAAGAAUAUUUUGAAACAGUAAUUUUUUUUUUUGGAAAAUUCUUAAAUUCAAGCCAAAUUUAGUAAAAUAAUUUUUGAAAGAUUUUUUUGACAAAAAAUUCCACUGUUUCAAAAGUAGUAGGAUUUUCUUUCGUUUCUUUCCAAAAUUAGUAGAAUUCAGAACAACAAAGUUCCAGAAUUAAACUUUUUGGAGUUUUAUUUUGAAACAGUGAUUUUUGAAAAAUACAUUUUGUAAAUGUCACAUUUUUUUUUCUAAACUUUUUUAUAGAAUUUGAAUUUUUCAAAAAUAAAAUUUGAGCUCAACUCUCAAGUUUUGGAGCCUAUAGCUUGUUUAUUUUCUUCCUUUCAUUUUUUGUUUGAAAUUUCAAUCCAGUUCUGAAACCAAAACCUUCUCCUUCAGUCAAUUCAUUUUAAGUGCUAGAAAAUCUAUCAUUUUUUUGCGCGCCCAAUGAAUAAACAAGUUUUUCCUCAUUUUUUCGUGUAGUUCUUUUGAACAUUGUAGAAAAACGAGUUUAAUCGCCUCUUUUUUUGUGGUUUUUUCUACUUUUAUUCAUUUAUUUUUUGAAAAUUCCUAAUUUUCAGACAAAGUGUAAAUGGAAAAUAUCAAAUGUCACAAGAAACUCAACAAAAACAUGUGCCAACUACGACUUUUGGACCUGAUGAAUUUACGACUGUCACCAAUUUUUUGCUCAAAUCUAUUGUUCCGACAACUUUUAGGUAAGGGAAUUUGUGGGUGGUUUUGAAUUAAAAAUUGAAAAAUUUAUGAUUUUUCAACUGGAAAUUGCUGAUUUCCCUCAAAAUUUGCGAGAAAUUUGGAUUUUUUUAAUCUGAAAAAAUUCACUGUUUCAAAAUUUUCAUUAAUUUUCGAACCAAUGUGAAACAUUGCUAAUUUGAUUGGGGUAAGCUAGCAGUAUUUUUUUCUGAAACCUCUGUUUCACAAAAAAAAUUUACAAAUGAAGUGUUCACUUGAAACAUUUCUUAUUCAGUUUCAGAAAAUGUCGAGUUUUUAGUCUAAAAAUGUCGGAAAUUAAGAAAUAUUCAGUUUUUUGACCAAAACAUAUCUUCCACUAUUUUUCAUUAUUUUUGGGUUAGUCGUUCUCGAAUCAUUCAUUUUUCUUAUAUUUUUCCACCAAUUUGCAAUAGUUUUUCCUUCAGAAAAGGCUCAUAUAAUUGGAUGGAUGAAAUGCUCGAUUCGAUGACAAAUUUGUGCUCAAUAAUUGGCGAAAAAAAGAAAGUCGAAAUUUCCGAGAAGUUUUUCGAAAAAUGGCGAUGGAUUUUGGCACAAACUGCGAAUUUUUGUAUUAUUAACAAAAUGAAAACACCGCUCGGAAAACCGAUGGAAACUUUUAACGCGUUUUCUGGUGGGUUUUUUGUUUUAAAAAAACUUUUCCUUCGAGCAACGAGAAGAUUGAAGAUACCGAGAUUUGGGGUUCUUGAAACAGUGGAUUUUUUUUGUAUCAAAAAAAAAUACAGUGAACGUUUAUAGCUAUUUUUUUAUUCUGAAAAUGUUUUACUAGAAUUUAAAAAUUUUGCCUGAAUUUCAAAAAAUCACUUGUUUUUGAAAUUUUUUAUGAAAUUAUGAUCACAAUUAUUUUUUUAAAUAAAGUUUGAGCAAAAUUUGAAGUUUUUCUCAAAACAAAUUCUUCAGGGGAGAAUUUUUAAACAAAAAAUUUGCUGUUUCAAAUAUUUUUAAUAUUCAUAUUAUUGCACAAAAUUUUCAUUGGUACCCAAUUUAUUUUUCCAGUCGAAAUCAACAAAUUGGCCAAACAAGUUCUGACAAAUCGAAAAAGUUUGAAUAAAACCAACGAAAAUGAGCCGAAUCCUCCGCAAAAACUUCGUUAUACAAUUCAAUGGAUUCGUGUUCGACUCUUGAUUGAACUAAUCGAUAUUCUGGACAAAAUGAUGUGUUGUGCAAUGUAUGGCGGAGCAUCGUUUAAUUUGAAUGAUAUACCGCAGGUUUGGAAUUUUUUUUUGAGAAAUUGAGUAUUACCCGAAUUUUGAAGCCUUUAAAAUCCGGGUUCUAACUUUUUUUCGAAUUUUCUGAGUGAGAAUAUUUUUCCAGCUUUCUCGUCAAUUUUUCACCACAAAUGUUCAAUCUUGUGCUGAAUGGCUCAAUCGAACAUAUUAUUCCGCUAUGGUUGUCUCGUUUUUCAAUGGAAAUUAUGCAUUGGUAAGGGAUUUUAGGGGGAAAAUCUUGAAAAUUGAUCGAAAAAUGUUUUUUAUAAUGGGACGAUGCGCGAAGAAAAAAAACGUCAAAAAACGUGUUUCGAAACAUAAAAAUACAAUGCACGAAAUGUCGCAAAACGUCGCGAAACUCGAGUUUUUCGACAUUGAAAUGUCGCGAAACAAGCAUGCUUUUUUGUAUCGUACUGAAACCACAGACACUGGAGAUCAAUUCUCACAAUGUUUCUACUUGUUCAAAACAGUUUUCACCACAAUUUGCUUCGGAAACAUGAGAUGUGGCAAAUGCAAUUUACAGAUAAUACUUUUCAUUUGACAAAGAUUCCUUUUCAGAAGUUUUUAUUCCCUAUUUUCGUAAAUUUAUAUCCUUUUUCAACUCCUGAUAUGUUUUUUCUUCAAAAAAACAUCUAUAUCACACCCGUUUGAAAGUAGAAAUGUUUGGGUGAAGUACGGUUGGCGAACUGUGCACACACCGCACUGUCACAAUGCACAACUUUUUCGCUGAAAAAUUAUUUUUUUCGCUUUGUGCGUCUUUAACACGCUCAAUUGCUAAGAAAACUGAACACGCAAAACAUAGUCGCAUAGUUCACGAAAAGACGAAUUUUUUGAUAUAAAAAAGUUCUGCUAUCGAUACCGGGAAGUUCUCCAAAAUGGGCGCACCGAUUUUUUAAUACAUCAAAACCGUAACUGAAAAUCUGCUUUUUUCAGAAGCCACUAGGAAUCAAGUUACUUAAAUCUUAAUAUUCGUUAUGAAACGAGGAAUUCAAUGGUGUAUUCACCUUAUUUUUACUCGUCGAAUUACCCUAGUUAUUCCAGAAAAACACGUUAAUUUUCAUACGGUGUUUAAAGGAACAUGACUUUUAUUUUUUUAUUUGGUCUCGCUUGGAAGCUAACUUUUUUCCUAGGUAGUUAUACGAAGUGAGUAAAACAUAGUCGCCUAGAUCUCGAUGAGCUGAUUUUGAUGCUAUUUUCACGUUUUCAUACGUUACCCUAGGGACCGUGUAAAUGGGCGCACCAGUUUUUACGCAGCAUUUCUACUCUCUCAAUGUAUUUGAGCGGCUGUGAUAUUCCACAUUUUGAGAAAAAUCAUGCUUGUUUCGCGACAUUUCAAUGUCGAAAAACUCGAGUUUCGCGACGUUUUGCGACAUUUCGUGCAUUGUAUUUUUAUGUUUCGAAACACGUUUUUUGACGUUUUUUUUCUUCGCGCAUCGUCCCAUAACAAAAAUAGUUCACUGUUUCAAAAUUUUGACAAGAAGAAAAAUUCGAGAUUUUUCACAAUAUUCGUCGGAUCCGACUUCUGAUUUUUGAAAAGUUACUGUUUCAAAAUUUGAAUUUGAACAAAGGGAAUAUUCUAUUUUGGUACCUAGCUUUCAUAUAAAUAGAACAAAAAAAUUAAAUUUUUUACUGUUUCAAAUUUUAUUAAAAAAUAAUUAUUGGAUUAUUCUUUGAUAACUUAGAUAUUUAGCGUAAAAUCAGUCAAACAUUUUUUUCACUGUUUCAACAUUUUUAUUUAAAUAAAAUUGGAAUUCUUUAUUCAAUAACAACCCCCCUGAUUAACCUAUAUACAAAAUAAAUUUUUCAAUGCUUCUGAAUUUGAACAUGAAUUAAAGCUGAAAAUCUCGACGCUGAAAAUCUCGUUCGCGUUGAUGCUUGAAUUACUGAAAAAGUCACUGUUUCAAAAUUAGAAUAUAUAGUUUCUCUGAUUUUAUGUUGGAAUUAGAAAAUGAUCCAAGAAUUAAUUUAAAAUUCCUACUGUUUCAAAAUAUUCAUUUGAAAAAUUUAUUGAAAUUUGUUCUGAUAUGUUAGAUUACGUUGAGAGAACAAACCUUUUUUCUCAAAAAAACUUUUCGAUUAAAAAUUUUUUACUGUUUCAAAAUUUUGAUUUAAAAAAAAAUGUUUAAUACUUUUCUGAUCCCAUAAUUAUAUGGAGAGAAAUAAAAAAGUUUGUUUGCAGACAAUUCGUUUUGGUUGGAGUGCCCUUCUCGUUUACCAAAAACGCCCGAAAGAUGAGAAAACUAUCGGAUUAGCAGUUCAAAUUUGUUGCUGGAUGACACGAUCAAUGGUUUUUCUCGGCGAUUCUCAAUCAAUUCGAGGAAUGAAAAAUUGGAUGAAAAAUGAAUUUGAAACCGAAAUGGCGCAGAAUAUAUAUGAUGCAAUGGAAUUGAUGGCACAAAAUCGAUAUGAGAUGGCACUUUUUAAUUUUGAACUCAUUUUAAGAAAUGAUCAAAGUAUUGGAGAGACUGUCAAAUUGAUUAUACAUAAUUGUGUACGUUUUUUUGUUUUUUCCCAACCUUAAAUAAUUUUUUUUUUCUUCAGAUUAUUGAUAUCCUGAAUCGCCUAAGAAAUUGGGAAAAUAUCGAUUAUUAUAAAGCAUUAUUAUAUGGAGAAGAGGAUUCCACGGUUAGCGAGGAUUUUAGAUCGUAAGAAAAUUUUUUGAAGUCAAAUUUUUUAUUUAACUAAUUUUCAGCGUUGAAUUGUUGACGAAAUUCGAAAAAGUUGAGGGAAAAGAGAAAAGGCAUAUACUUGGAUGGAAUGUGAGACAAAAAUCGAUGGCGAUUGAGGCGGCUUUUUCGCAGACUAUGAGAAAGUUGGUGAUUUUUAGGGGCGGGGGGAAAUGAGAAAAAAUCACUGUUUCAAAAGUUUGAUAGAUUUUGAAGCAAUAAAUUUGUUAUGAUCAUUUAACUAUUCAAGACAACGGAAAAUUUUUAAAAAAAUUCUACUGUUUCAAAACUUUUAUAAUUUUUUUCCAGAAUAAAUCGUUUCAAUAAACAGCAAAUAUUUCUCAAGAGUUUAAACUAUUGUGAAAAUAUUACCAUGACCUUGAUUAAUUUUGAAACAGUAAAUUUUUAUAGAUCAAAUUGAGCUUGAAAAUUGAAUUAUUCCAGAAUCUUUAAUCAGAAAUAAUUGUUUCUAUUUCGGAAAAAAAGUAUUUUGAUGAAUUGACACAUAGGAGAAUCGGAAAAAUUUAAAAUUUUCAAUUUUACAAAAUUGAUGAAACAGUAAAAUUUUUUGAAAAUAUCAUACUAUGCUUAUUCAAUGAAAUGAAUGGUGAUUUAUUUGUUUAAUCAAAUACUUGAAACAGUGGAUUUUUACAAUGAAAAAAUAAUCAGAUUGCCCUGAAAUUUUGGAAAUUUUUAUAUUUUAUUAUUGAUCAAAAACGUUUUUUUUUCUUCAGAUUCGAAAUCAAUGACAUCAAACGCGAUUUAUCACAAAUGGGUGCACUUUUACUGAAUUCCGACACAUCUUGUCGAUUAUAUUCGGAUAUUUCAUCAACAAAUAUGAUUGUCUCAUAUUUGGUAGAUAAAAUGAAUGGAUUCAAGCCGAAAAGCGAAUUGACAACCAGUGAUUUAUUUGAGAAUUAUGAAUAUGAUGAAGGCGAAAAAUUGACGGCUGUUAAUAAAAUUGUCAGUUGGGCGAAGCAUUUGCACACUAGUCGUGAGUUGUUUUGGGGAGAAAAGUUUUGAUUUCAAAUUUGUGGCUCGAAAAAUUCACGUGGAAAUUUUCGAGCUCCGAAAAACGUUUCCAAAGAUUUGUUUUCUACAAAAUUUGAUAUCAAAAAAUCUACGUCACUUUAUUUUUGGCUCUUUCAGAAUUUCAGAAAAUUCGUGAAUUUUCUGGAAUAUUCGCCUGAAUGCUGUUUUCCUACCGUUCAAAAAUAUAUUUCCUGACUGUUUAAAAAAUUUACCCAGAAUAAAAAUUAUUUUCCAAAUUUGCCACGGCAUAACUCAUUUUCAGAGACAAAUUAUAGAUUCUAAAACUUUUCAAUAAUAAAUUUGUAGAAAAAUAGAUUAUGCUCACUUUCAAAAAAAAAUAUUCACUGUUUCAAAAGUGUUAGAUAUUCUUGAAUUUUUUGUAGCACUCAUUGCUUCAUCUGUAAAUGUCGGAAAUUCAAAAAAAAAACUUUUACUGUUUCAAAAAAUUAUUUUACAUUUGAGUCUUUGUGAAAUUUUUUUAAAAUUCUACUGUUUCAAAAAAAAAUAAUAUUUAGUCAUAUUUUAAUAAUAAUGUUCCUCGAGUUUUUAGAAAAAAAAGAUCACUGGAAUUAUUUUUGAACAUUUUUCACGUCAUAACUCAUAUUUCAUAAAUCUAUAUUUUCAGGCGGAAUUUCUGGUGAUUGUUACGCUGAAGUUGUUCGUUUGGCACGAAAAACCGAUAAUCGAAAUUUGGCAAUUCGAAUUAUGAUGUUAUCAAUGAAAUUUGGAGUUUCACCGUGGAUGAGUUUGGAAAAUGCAAAACAGGAUUUGAAAUUGACGAAAAACGAGAAUUUGGACAUGAGAACACAGAAAAUUAUUGGAGUUUUUGCCACGUUGGCAAAUGUAUUCAUGGUGAAUUUUAAGAAUAAACAAAAUAUGAAAAUGGAAAGAGCACCUGCGGAAUAUUAUGGAGAAUUUUUGUCGUGUGAGUUUUAAUGUAAUUUAAAAUUUUUGAACAAUUCUUGAAACAGUGAUAUUUGUUUUUAAAAAUCUAUAGAAAAAACAAUUCAAUUUUUAUGUGAAAAUUUGUUAUUAGUUUACUGUUUCAAAAUUUUUCAACGACUAUUUGGUGGAUUUGAUGAUAUACAUUUCAAUUCGGAAAAAACCUGAAUUUUUUCACUGUUUCAAGAAUUUCUGAAAUUGUGGAUUUUUUCGAUUAAUUGUUUAUCGUAACAGACAUUUUUAAAGAAUUAUUGAACAAUUUUUGAAUGGCAAAAUUUUGUUCCAAGUUUAUGUCCCUCAAAAAAUUCACUCUUUCAAAAAAUAAUCUUAUUACGAUUUUUCAGUUUUCACUUAUUCGAAGCUUUCCCAUUCAAUCGAAAAAUAUACUGUUUCAAAAAUUUGAUGAAUAAAAAAUAAAUACUAAUCGAUUAUUAGAGGAUCUUUAUUUGUUCAAUCAAAAAUCAUUCUCUCAAUUCUUCUUUUUUGCAGUAAACUACGAAGAUCGUGUUGAUUUUGUUCGAAAAUGCGACGAAUCAAUGGCCCGUGUCUCUCUUCAAUUAUCCGAAUUUUUCGAUCAAUAUCAUGACCACGAAAACUAUCUAAUUCCACACAUUGGACAAACUCAUCUAUGGGCUGAAAUUCAUCAAAAAAGAAUUGAUUUGGGUGUGAAUUAUCGCGGUUUUGUUGGUGCACUUCUAUCGAUUUCCACUGAAAUGUGCCCAGAAUUGGCGAAAACACAUUUGAAGUUUGCGCAAUGGGCUUAUCAAUUGGCUGAUGUGCAAUAUGUGAAAGAGAUGAAUACGGUUUAUCAACAUGUUAUGGUUGGUUUUUUUUAAUACAUAAUUUCAAUCUACGCAUAGAAACCAUUGAAAAUUUGAAAAUACGAAUAAAAUUGAUAUAUUUUUGAAACAGUGAAUGUUUUUUAUUCUGAAAAAAAAAUUCAAAAGUUGUAGAGGAUUUUUGUGUUGAGAUUCAUGAAUUUUUAUAUUUUUUCAAUAACUCUGUGUGAAUAUUUCACACACUCAUUUUCAAAAAUCAAAAAAAAUUUGAAACAGUAAAUUGUUUGCAGCUUCACGCGGAUCCAACAAUCAACGAAUCACUUUGGAAAUGUUUGGAAUGUUCAACACUCGGACAAAUCGAGACAGAAAUUCGAAAAUUGAUCUCAAAUCCAGCAGAAAUAUCCAAUUUAUUAUCACCAAAUGGAUAUUAUUUGAAUAUGUGGGCAAAUGUAAAAGAACAUCGAACCAAAUAUUUGACAUUGUCUGCUUCUUCCUAUUUUCAAUUUAUUCAUGCCUCGAAUGGAUCAUUGCCAUAUUCGGUGAGAGAGAAUUUUGGAGGGGUUUUUUUUAAAUGAAUUCUUGACUUGCGAUAAAUAUGGUUCCAAGAAUUUUUUUAUCGGAAAAAAUGACUGUUUCAAAAAAUUCUCUAAAAAUUCCUGGAAUUUUCGAAUUGGGGAAAUAAUUUCAAAUUUUCAAUAAAAAUUUUAAAUUUUUUCACUGUUUCAAAAAAUUAUUAAAAUGAAAUUUGAAAAAUUUCCAACAGUUAUCAUCUUUUCUGCUGUUGAAAAAUUUUAGAAAAAAUUUUUUAUAUAUAUUUCAAAAUUAUUUUUCACAUUUCCUGAAUCGAUUUUUUCUCUUAUUUAUCACAAAAAAAACAAGCAAAAAUAUUAAAAUUAUUUUGAAACAGUGAAAAAUUUUGAAGAAGACAAAAUUGUCCAAAGAUAAUGAUAUUUUCCAGAAAAAAGAGGAGAUCACAGUUGCAACUCUUCGAAUUCUCGAUAUGCUUGUCAAACACGGCGAUAUUCUCAUCGAAAUCAUCGAAAAUGGUCUAAACACAACAAAUGUUCAUGUUUGGAAGGAUAUUUUGCCCCAAUUAUUUGCUCGUUUAUCCCAUCCAUCUGAACAUAUUCGAACAACUCUCGUCAAUUUGAUAUCUCGAAUUUGCGCGGUUUCACCGCAUUCUGUGGUAUUUCAAGUGGUUUCUGGUGCGGCUAGUCAUUUUACGAAUGAAGGAGAUGAGGAGGGAGAAAAUGAGGAAGAACAACAGGAAAUUCAGGAUGAUGUGGGUUUUUUUGGGGGAGUUUUCGAAAUAUUUUGAAAUGGUGAAAUUUUGAGCCAAAUUAUGCAUUUUAAGCUGAAAAAUGGACCGAAUUUUCAAGAUUUUUCAUUAAACAAUUGAAUUAUUCAUGAAAUUCUAAGCCGUAAACCUAAAAUUCGAUCUUAAAUUCUUAACCUUGUAAUUUCAGAGGUACACAACUAUAAUCAAAAUUUUUAGAAUUCUCGAAAAUUCAGAUUAUUUUUGAAACAGUGAAAUUUUGAAAUUGAAAAAAUUCGAUAUGAAGAUUUUUUUUGAGCCGUAAACCAAAAUUUGGAUUUUUUAAAUUUUCAACCUGAAACCCCAGAUAUACUUUCAUUAUCGAAAUUUUUAUAAAUUCUCAAUAAUCAGAUUAUUCUUGAAACAGUGAAUUUUUUAGAGAAAAAGUUGAGAACUAUAACCAGGAAAAUGUAUGUUUCAAAAUUAUUUGAAAUUUUUCUAUGAUUAUGAAAUCUCUAGUUCAUCAGCAUAUUGAUUUCUACAAAUUUCCAAUGUUUCAGAAUUUCAAAAGUUUGGUAUAUUUUUUGAAAAAAAAACUCAACUGAAAUUUCAAAAUUAUUCCAGGAUCGAAACAAAGUUCGAGAUUGCUGUGAACAAUUGGAAAACCGAUUAUCAGAACAAUAUCCAAAAUUAGUCGAAGAUGUUCGAAAAUUCAUUGGAGAACUCGAAAGAAUCAAUCUAUUAUUCGAGGAAAAAUGGGCAGUUGUUUUGGGAACAAUGGAACAUGAAAUGGAAAAAAGAAUACAAUUGAUAUUGCAAGAAACAAAUAAAACAAUAAAAGCAAAACAUUUGACACAAAAUGAAAGAGAAGAAAUUAUUCGAAAAAAGACCAAAUUAAUGACAAGUCAAGUAUUUGAAGUUUUGGAUGAAUUGUAUGAAAAGACUUGUGAAAAAGGAGCGAUGACUGAGAAUGAAAAAGGAUUUCAAAUGGUAUUUAAGGAAGUGUUGCAGAAAGCGUUUUUGGAAUCGAAAAUGAAUCGAAUGAGUCCCGAAAAAGCAUGGGCACCUUUUAAGAAUGUGAGUUUUUUUGGGGCCAAGAAAUUUACUGUUUCAAAAAAUCAUAUAAUAAAAUAGACAAUCUGGAAGUUAUUUCAUUUAUGAUGAUUAUGUCAAAAUAAUUAUUUUUCGACGUGUUAACUUCUAUUGAUAAAAUCAGAAAAUUUACAAACUCACAAAUUCACUGUUUCAAAAUUUUAUUUUCAUUCAGAAAAAUAUAGAAAAAUUAGUAGACCAAAUUGACCAAAUUGUGAUCUGAAAUAGUGGAAUUUUACACAUUCAGAGAUUGAUAAUAUAAUUGUUCAAUAAAAAUUUACUGUUUCAAAAAUGGCACAUAAAAUAAAGUAGGUAUUAUUUAUUGUCCUUUCCUUCAAAAUUUCACUGUUUCAGAAUUUUGAUUUUAUUUUUGUGAAACGAAUCGGAAUUGAUACUGAGAUUCAAUUUGGAAAAAAGUUUUACUAUUGAAAAAAUCAUUGUCUUUAGAAAUUCUUGAAUUUUUCAUAUAAAUGUCAUUUUUUUAAAAUAAAACGGUCCAAAUAUCUACUGUUUCAUAAAAAAAACAUAUGUCUAACACAAAUUUUUUUCCCAAAAAUCUACUGUUUCAAAUUGUUCAUUUAUCAAAAGUCUCAAAGUCUAAACUAAUUAACUCUUCAAUUUCAGCUUGUUUCAACAUUUGUUCAUCGAAGUUUGAAAAGAGGAAUGCAAACAUUCGAGAUUGAAAAUAUAUCGCAUUAUUUGGCCACGGUAUGCUUUUAUGGGUAUUUUUAUACGUUUUCAGAUUCAAAUGGAAAAUUCAAACUAUAAUUUUAAUUUUUGAAUGAACUCAAAAAAGUCCAAAAUUUUUAAGUUUAUGAAUUUUCUCAAAUUUCAGAUUUUCUAGAAUUUUGAAAAUAUUCAGAAAAACAUUUUUUGUCAAAAACUAUAUCUUGCGCUAUUUUUUCACUGUUUCAGAAUUUCCUUUUGAUUUUCGAAAAUAAAUUCCAACAAUAUCACAUCAGUGGUUAUAUUUUCACUGUUUCAAAUUCAGUUCAGGCAGUUUUAAAAGAAUUUCAACAUUAAUUAGCAAAGUAUACAAAAUAUCUUUUUGAUUAGAGAUAAUGUAAAAUUGAGAGAGCACAGACAUCAAAUUAUUUUUUUGCAGCUAAAUGAUUCAUUUGUUCCAAUGCCCGGUCAAGAUUCCAUCGAUUUCAACAAUCUCGUCACAAUUUCCCGUGUCGCAAAACAGGUCACAAUUCUUCCCACCAAAACGCGUCCCAAAAAAUUGGCAUUCAUUGGCUCCGACGGAAAAUCGUGCACAUUUUUAUUCAAAGGAAGAGAAGAUUUACAUUUGGACGAAAGAGUUAUGCAAUUUUUGAGAUUGUGUAACAUCAUGUUAAAAUCUGGAAAAUCGCGAAAAGUUGUCGAAUAUCAGGCGAAUGAUUAUGCAGUAAUUCCGCUUGGACCAAGAAGUGGAUUGAUUAAAUGGGUUGAGGGAGCAACACCGCUUUUUCAUAUUUAUAGAAAGUGGCAGAUUCGAGAUGUAAGGGUUUUUGGGGAGCGGGUUGAAUUUUGAGCCAAAAGACAAGAAAUUUCCAAAAUUUCGAGCCUAAAUUGAGCUGAAAAUUUUUUAUUUUCAUGAUUUCCAGCCAAUUUUCCGUAUAAACUUGAUCUAGAGCUGAAAAUUUGGAUUUUUGAGCUGAUAAUUUAUAUUUCAAUUAAAAAUUUAAAAGAUUCUCUAAAAAUUUGAAAAUUCAAUGUUUCAAAAAUUUUGAGAGGUUCGGUUCAACUGUUGUUUUUCCUCAUUUUUCCAAUUCACUAUUUUCUGAAACAGUGAAAAAAUGUUUACCAAAAAUUAUACGUUUCAAAAUGUUCUCUAAUAUAUACCAGAGAUUUUCAAAAAUGAUCCAUCCAUGAAACCAACUACAUUUUGCAGAAAGCUCAUCGUCAAGCAAUUCAGAAAAAUGGAGAAACAAUUGGAGAAAUUGAGAAACCAAGUGAAAUGUAUCAUCGAAUGAUUCGACAAGCUUUUCAUAGUAAUGUGAGUUUUUUGGGGAAGAAAAUUGGGGUUUGAAAAGGUGAAAAACAAUUUCGAAUAAAUUCCAUUAAAUUUCACUGGAUUUUUCAUAACCGAACCCUCAAUACCCAUAAAAUGAAUUGUUGAACUCUUGCAAAAUUUGAAACAGUAGAAAAAUAAUUCAAAUUUUGAUUCUCAAAACUCAAAGUAUUACUUAUAUCGAAACACAAUAAUUUAUCUCAUAUUAAUUUUGAAACAGUGAAAAAAAUGGUUUUUUUUUCAAAUUUAAUUUUUUCAUAAUUUUCUGCUGUUUCAAGGUUUUUAUAAGCAAAAAUAGUGUUUUUUUGGCACGAUAGAAGUUGAAUUUUUCAGAAUAUCGAUUCAUCAAUCGCAUCAGAUCGUUCAAAAUGGCCCUCAAAUAUUCUAUUAGAAGUCUAUUCAAAUCUCAUCGAAAAAACCCCGUCAGAUUUGUUGAGUCGAGAAUUAUGGAUUCAAAGUGGAGAUGCAACAAGUUGGUAUAGAAAAUCGAUGAGAUUCGGUCGAUCUUGUUCAGUAAUGUCAAUGAUUGGAAGUGUUUUGGGACUGGGAGAUCGACAUUUGGACAAUUUAUUGGUCGAUUUACAAUUUGGAAAUAUUAUCCAUAUUGAUUAUAAUAUUUGUUUUGAAAAAGGCAAAAAUUUGCGAAUUCCUGAAACUGUUCCGUUUCGAUUGACGCAAAAUAUGAUGAAUGCAUUGGGACCGGCGAAAAUUGAUGGGGUUUUUAGACAGAGUUGUUAUCAUGUGCUUGAGACGUUGAGAAAUGGAAAACAGGUGGGAAAAUUUGGGGGAGAGGGAUUUUGGCGUUGAAUAGCAGAUGGCAAAAUUGAAAAUUUAAAAACUAACUGAAAUUUGUUAUUUUUUUCAUUUUCAAACAAUGCACGAAUUAAUCAAAAAUUCUCGAAUGUCAAUUGAAAAUUGCUUGAAACAGUGGAAAUUAUUUGGGAUAAUAAGAAAUUCCAUCUAUAUUGUUUCUAUUUAAAAUUUUUGAAACAUUGAAAAAUUUGAAAAAUACAUAAUAAGCUUCCACCGUGCCAUCAAUAAAUAUUAUUUGAAAACUUUUCCAAAAAAAUAUGCAAAUUUUUUGAAACAGUAAGUUUUUGUAAAAUAAAAAUCCGAUUUUUGACAGAAAAAAAUGGUUGAUCAAAAUUCCCAAAAUUUCACUGUUUCAAGUUUUAUUCAUUUUUUGGAGGUUCAAAUAAUUUUUGAUUGGCCUGGCUUUUUAGAUGGUUUUAAUGAUUUUUUUCGGACUAGAAAAAGGAGAAAAAACUUUUUUCACUGUUUCAAAUUUUAUUCAAUUGUUUUUCAAAAAAUUCAGCCAUAAUUCGUAUGCUUUGUAAACUUCAUAUUAAUUUCUCCCAGGUUCUAACAAUGCUUUUGGAUGCAUUCGUCUAUGAUCCUUUGGUCGAUUGGACAAAUCAUGAAAAUAUCACAACUUCUGGAAUAAGUUUGGCACUGAAAUUGGCAGUUUAUGGAAAUGAAUGGAAAAAGAAAACGAAUUCGAGCGAAAAUAAUUCAAUGGAAAUGUUCAAAUUGCGAUUGACUGAAUUGAAAUUCGAUUGGGAAAAUAAUCGGUGAGAUUUUUUGGCUGAAAAUUAGUUUUAGUCUAAUUUUUAUUUUCAGAGAGGAUUUGAAAUCGUCAAUUCAAAUGUAUUCGUCGGCGGUUAUUAUGAGACAGGAUACGGUAAUUUUCAAUUAAUCAAACCCUAAAAUCAAUUAUUUUUGCAGCAAGAAUCUAGUCGACUUAUGCUCCAAGCUGUUACAAAACACCACUCAAUUAUGAAAUGUCUUCGACCAUUGAUUCGAACAAUUUCGAAAACAAAUUCGAAUUUUGUCAAUUAUUAUGCGAUUUAUAAAAAGUAUUUUAAUGAACCGCUUUUGAAGUGAGUUUUUUGGGGAAAAUUUGACUAUUUCAAAAUUUUUUGAAUUACUUUCUGAAUAUGAAAAGAAUGCUUUGCUAUGCCGGAGAUAUUUUUUCAAAGUUUGAGUUUUGAAUAUGAAAGUUACACGAACUCUGAACCAAAAAAUCUGAACUUCUCAUAUAGAAAAAUUCAGCAGAAUUAGGAAUUUACCUGAUUUGAGGAUUUCUUAGAAAUUUUUUCACUGUUUCAAAAGUUUGAUUUGAAAAAUUUUAGUUUUCGACAUUAUUAUUUUUUUUCUUCCUGGAGCAGAAUAUUCAAUCUCAAAUAUAAAUCUGAAAUUAUAGUUCCCACAAAAUUGAAAUUUUUACUGUUUCACAAUUUUUUGAAUAUUUAUUAUCAACGAUUUUACAAUUGUUUUUAACAAGGUCAUAAUUUCACUGUUUCAAAAAUGUAUUUAAAUUUUCCUCUACUUUGAACACUUGUUAUUACUCUUAAUGCUACUAAUUUUUAAUCUUAUUGUAAUUAAAAUUAAUUUCAGUUUUUUAUCCAAUUUUGAUUUCAUUUUUUUUUUAAAUAAUUUUUUUUUAUCUAAUUUUAAUUUUUAUAGUAGUCUCCAAGGUUAAUUUUUUCACUGUUUCAAAAAUUCUUCAACAGGUUUUUCAUGAAUUUUAAAAUUGAUGACACUAUUUUAACAACUCCAAAAUAUUUUCAGAGCUCACGCCGCAAUGCCAAACGAAAUCGACAAAUCAAUCUGUGUUCAAAAAUUCUCGAUUGUUUUGGAAAAUAUCGAUCGAGUUUUCAAUGGACUUUUGGAAUUGACAAAUCCGCCAAAAAUGGCGAGAAUUUUGGAUCGAAAUUCGACAACACAACCACCACCACCUGGAUUAGAAAGUUAGUUUUGAAUUUUGAUUUUUUUGGGGAGCGGGGGAGAUUUUUUCUGGUAAAAAAUUAAAGAUUCAAGAAAAAUUCACUGUUUCAAAAUUUGUUUGAAAAAAAAAUUAUUUUUAAAAACGUAGUUAUGUAAAUCCAUUCUGCAGAAUUUCCAAUGACUUUUUCAACGUAGAAGAGUUAAAAAUAUAUAUAUAUUCUGAAGCUUAAAAUUUUCCAAAUAUUUAUUUACAGAUGUUUGGCUGGUGAAAGAAGAUCAAGUUGAAAAUGUGAUGGCUCGACAAAUUGUAAAAAGUGUUGAAAAACGAUUGGAUGGAUUUGUGAACAAUUUGAACGAAUCAAUGACGCCAGAAAAACAGGUUAGAUUAUUUUUUGCAGUUUUUUUAUCGCAUCAUUGAAAUUCAUUUUUCAAAGGAUUAUUUAAGAGUUUUUUGAAACAGUAAUUUUUUGGUGAUUUGAAAAUGAAAUACCCUUCAUAUCGGAAUGAGACAUUUUCGAAGUUUAGUUGGAAAUUGCUUGAAACGGUGAAUUUUUAGAGAAGAAUUCUCAGCAAAAUUAUAUUUUUGAAGCAGUGAAAAUUCCAGAAUUUAUCACAGGAAAAUUCUUUCAAAUUUAUAAUAGAAAUUUAUUUUUCAGUAUCAAAAUAGUCUCCUGGUUUCUAGAAUUUUUCAUAAAUUUUGGAAGUUCUGCCAAAAUUCAACGUUUCACGAGUUUUGGAAGAUUUAUUUUAAAAACAAUUUUUCAACCAAAAAAAUUCACUGUUUCAAAAUUUUCAUUAAAAAAUUUGGAAUCUAUAUUUGGUGUUAUUCUUUCGCGGUCUCCAAAAAAAUUUAAUUGAAAAUUAGCCAGUUUAACUGUUUCAAAAAAUUAAUUUUAUUUUUUGGGUUUUUUCAUCUUCAAUACGCUUUGAAAAUAACCUUUUCAAAAAUCCCGUGAAAUUUUAUUUUUCACUGCUUCAAAAAAUUAUUAACAAGUUUUCAAAAGAUUAUGAACAAACAGUAAAAGAUACUUACAACAAUAUUAAUUUUUAGAAACAGUAAAAUUUUUUAAAAAUAAUUUAAUCCAGAAAUUGUGCUCAAAACCGCUCUAAAAUUCUCCAAUUUUUAUAGGCUGAUUACUUGAUUGCCGAAGCAACAAACCCAAACAAUUUAUCGAAAAUGUACGAAGGUUGGACUUCUUGGGUAUAA